AUGAGUGGUGAGGACAGGAGUGAUGGUAUUCAAAGUGAAGAUAAUACAGUUAUUUCUUCAUAUAUGAGAAGACAAUCAGCUUAUAGUGGCUUCACUUACUUAGCCGUCUCUCUCUUAUUUCAAUUACCACUAAUGGAAAUCAUUUUUGUUAUGGGACUCAUAAUUCUUGUUUUAGGAAUUUUACUUCAUUUCGUUGAACUCAAAGCCGACUUCUUUAGACUGAGGCGUCAGUUCAUACGGGAAGAGAAGCUUAGAAUUCAAUUAGAAAGACAAGAAGCCAUUAGAAAUCAAACCAAACAACAACACCAACAAUCAGAUGAAGAUCUUAGAGAUGGACAAUAUAAUACACCAGAAGAUCCCAACAGUCAAACCAAUGGCACAGACUAUAAGCACAGUUAUGAUGAUAGCGACGAUAAUAACGAUGAGUACGACAGACAGUUUGGUGGCGACAGUCUGGAUGAUGGUAUACAACCAUCACUCAUAAGACCGGUUUAUCGAUUGCCAGAACCGUAUCGCCGAUACAAUAGACCAAAUCGAAGAAGAUAUCCAAUUAGAAGAAGGUAUCCAAAUAGGAGACGACUAAUCAUAAACCGCAACCAAAGAUAUCCAUCUAAUAAGCAUUUUUAGACAAUCAUUUAAUA